AUGGCUUCUAAGCACAGGAAUGAAUUGGGUUGUCCAAUUCAAAAACUAAUAUGUUUAUAUUUUUGUUGUUCUGUGUAUACUGUUAAUGGUGGUCUCAAGUAUCAUGCUGUUACAAGUGCAUACUACAGAGGUGCAGCGGGGACAAUGCUGGUCUAUGACAUAUCUAAGUGUCAGUCGUUUGAUCAUGUAGCCAAAUGGUUGGAGGAAUUGCGAGGACAUGCAGAUAAAAAUAUUUUGAUCAUGCUUGUAGGCAACAAGUCUGAUCUGGGGACCCUUCGAGCUGUACCUACUGAGGAUGCGAAAGAGUUUGCUGAAAUGGGAAACCUGUUCUUUAUGGAGACAUCAGCUCUUGAGUCAACUAAUGUUGAAACAGCUUUUGUCACGGUCUUGACAGAGAUUUAUCGAGUUGUUACCAAAAAGUCUCUUGUCGCCAAUGAUGAAUCUGAAUCUGGUGGCAGUGCAUCGCUUCUCACGGGUACCAAGAUUGUUGUCCCUGGUCAGGAGCCAGAGUCUGGGGGAAGGAGUUUCAGCUGUUGCACAUCAUCAUAGGAUAUUCUCCUCCUUCCACCUACCGCA